GAAAUGCGGCCUCUAUAGUUCACCGGAUACGAUUGAAAUGAACAAAGCGCAUGCCCAGAAAGGUCUGGUAUAAAACCCUUACCAAUCCCAAAUUCUUCAGUGAGGACUCCGCUGGCCAGCAAAAACCUCAGCACAAUGAAGACGAGAUUAUCUAUUUGCCUCGCUCUAUUCGGGCUUAUACAAGGAGGAUUAGCUACAUAUGGUAGCUUCGGUUCCGUGGGAAGCCUAGGCACAGGUCUUGGAAGUUCUUGGGGCGGAGGUCUUGGAAGUUCUUGGGGCGGAGGUCUUGGAAGUUCUUGGGGCGGAGGUCUUGGAAGUUCUUGGGGAGGUGGCCUUGGACAUGGUGGAUCUUGGGGAGGUGGCCUCGGACAUGGUGGAUCGUGGGGAAGCGGCCUCGGACAUGGUGGCUCGUGGGGUGCUGGAAGUUUAGGAUUCGGUUCCUUGGGCGCCGGAAGUCUUGGAUUCGGAGGUGGCUAUGGUACAGGUCUAGGUCAUGGCGGCGGCUCGGUGAUAGGUGGAGUCGGAGGCUGGGGAGGAGGGAUCGGAUCAUGGGGCAGCGGCUAUGGAGCCUCGAUAGGCGGUGGUAAGGGUUAUGGUAAAAAAGGCUAUGCCCCAAAGAAAAAAGUAGUACCUAUUAUACCAGUACCAGUAAUGCCAGCACCAAAGCCUGUUAUCCCAGUGGUACCAGUUGUACCAGUACCACCUCCACCACCCCCACCAAUACCAGUACCUGUUAUACCAAUGGCUGUUAUUCCAAACAAAGGAAAAGGAUACGGCAAGGGUUCCAUUGGUAAAGGUUACGGCGGCGGACAUAUAGGCUUGGGAUCAGGCCUUGGAGGUUGGAGUAGCGGAAUUGGACUGGGCGGCGGUCAUGGAUUUGGCGGAGAGCUUGGUUUGGGCGGAGGCUAUGGAUGGGGCGGCGGCCUUGGAAUGGGCGGUGGUUUGGGAUGGGGCGGCGGCCUUGGAGUGGGCGGUGGUUUGGGAUGGGGUGAUGGCCUUGGAUUAGGCGGUGGUUUUGGAUAUGGCGGUGACAUUGGAAUAGGUGGCGGGUAUGGAUUUGGCGGUAACCAUGGUUUAGUUGGCGGUUUGGGAUGGGGCGGAAGUGGAUAUGGCGAUGGAAUGCUUGGUGGAUGGGGAGGAGAUUUAGGAUUUGGUCUUGGUGGCGGCCAAUUUGGAACUGGUUUUGGCUCUGGCAUUGGAGGUCAGUGGGGUGCAGGUGGUUUUGGAGGUAAUAACUGGGGCACUGGAGGAAUCAGUUCCGGAUUAGGCACUGGACUAGGAACCGGUUUAGGAACAAAAGGCACGAUAGAUACAUUUGGAACCGGAUUUCAAGGAAAUUGGGGUGGAAACACCGGGCUAAACAACUGGGGAAACAACGGACUAGGCGGUGGUAACUGGGGAGGAAAUUGGGGUGGUAACUGGGGAGGAAAUACCGGACUGAACAGCUGGGGAAACAACGGACUAGGCGGUGGCAACUGGGGUGGCAACUGGGGCGGUAACUGGGGAGGAAACACCGGACUGAACAGCUGGGGAAACAACGGACUAGGUGGAGGCAACUGGGGUGGGCAAGGCGGCUUACUGAAUGGAAACAUACACAAAAAGUGAAAGAGUUGAGCAACGUAAGGGUCUCGUCUUCAACAACAAACAUUGCUGUGCUGUAAAUAAUCAUAGUCAUCAACUGAUCACCAUGCUGGCAACAUUUCUUGUCUUUCCAUUUUAAACUGUUUUUUUUCUUUGUUUGAUAGAAAAACAAUUAAAAAAUGUUGUACCAAA